AGACUAUAAAUAUUAUAAUUUAACUUUUGCUUUUCGUGGGGGGUCAAAAUGGCGUGUAAAAGGGGAGCUCUCAUCGUGCUGGAGGGGGUCGACAAAGCCGGAAAAACGACGCAGUGUAAGAAGCUGGUCCAGGCGCUGCAGCAGAACGGAAGCCCGGCGGAGAUGAUGAGAUUCCCUGACAGGACAACGACCAUCGGACAGCUGAUAAGCGCCUAUCUGGAGAACAAGAGUGAUCUGGAGGACCACACAGUGCAUCUGCUCUUCUCUGCAAACCGAUGGGAACUGGUGCCUCUAAUGAAGAAGAAGUUGGAGCAAGGCACCACUCUGGUUGUAGACCGCUACGCCUUCUCCGGAGUUGCUUUCACCAGUGCCAAGCCGGGUUUCAAUCUGAACUGGUGCAAGAACCCUGACAUAGGCCUGCCGAAGCCAGACCUCGUAAUGUUUCUCAAGCUCAGUCCCGCUGAAGCUGCUCAGAGAGGUCAGUUUGGAGAAGAGAGAUACGAGACCAGCGCUUUCCAAAAAACAGUCCAACAGAAGUUUGAACACCUCAUGCAUGAUCCUUCAGUCAACUGGCAGGUAAUAGACGCUUCUCAGAGUGUUGACGAUGUGCAUGAGGACAUCAUGACGCACAGCCUGAGCGCCAUCAACACAGCCCAGAACCUUCAGCUGGGAGAGCUCUGGAAGUGAACAUGGUGACGUCGGAGUGAACGUGCUGCUCAUACAUGAAGUAACAGUGUAGUAACUAAAAUACACACAUUUAUUGCACCGUGUCUUUAUUUGUCAUUGCGAGAUAAAUGCAUAAGUAAAUGGCCUUUUACUGAAAUAUAUAAUUUCUUAUUUCUUUAAAUUGAGAAGCACAACGGUCACACAUCAGAUUCUGAUUUCAUUAUUGAUUCUCUUACAUGUCUAUUGUUUUUUCACCUGUCUAUACAGCGGAUCGAUUAAAUAAAUAAUCUUCAAAUGAA